AUGGAUCCCCAGGAUACAUUAUACCACGCAUCCACCCUCGUGGCCCGCGCCGACUCCAGCGGCCGCCCGCCCAUCUACAAGGCGGUCGGUGUCUCGCUAGCUGUCGCCUCGGGCGUCUUCAUUGGCAUCUCCUUCGUGAUCAAGAAAAUCGGCUUGCUCAAGGCGAAUGUCAGGUACAACGAAGAGGCCGGUGAGGGUUACGGAUAUCUCAAGAAUUUGUGGUGGUGGACGGGCAUGACGCUGAUGAUCAUCGGCGAAAUCUGCAACUUCGUUGCCUACGCCUUCGUCGAUGCGAUUCUGGUGACGCCGCUCGGCGCGCUGUCCGUCGUCAUCACGACCAUCCUGUCGGCCAUUUUCCUCAAAGAACGGCUCAGUUUCGUCGGCAAGGUCGGCUGUUUCUGCUGCAUUAUCGGGUCCGUGGUCAUCGCUAUGAAUGCCCCCGAGCAGGCCUCUGUCGAAGAUAUCCAGGAAAUGCAGGCAUUCGUGAUUACGCCGGGCUUUCUGUCCUAUGCGGGUGUCAUUCUGGUUGGGUCAGCGUUCACGGCGCUCUGGGCGGGCCCGCGGUACGGCAAGAAGAGCAUGUUCGUUUAUAUCAGCAUUUGUAGUAUGAUAGGAGGAUUGAGCGUGGUUGCGACGCAGGGUCUGGGCUCGGCUAUUCUGGCUCAGAUCAAUGGGGAGUCACAGUUCAAGCACUGGUUCCUCUAUGUGCUGUUUGUCUUUGUCGUUGGGACGCUGCUGACGGAGAUUAUCUUUCUCAAUAAAGCGUUGAAUCUCUUUAAUGCGGCCCUCGUCACCCCAACUUACUAUGUCAUGUUCACCAGCGCAACUAUCAUUACUUCUGCCGUUUUGUUCCGGGGGUUCAAGGGUACAGCAACUCAGAUUACGACGGUAAUCUUGGGCUUCCUGCAGAUAUGUGCCGGUGUGGUCCUGCUACAGUUGUCCAAGUCAGCCAAGGACGUCCCCGACGCGGCCGUAUUCAAGGGCGACUUGGACCAGAUCCGCGAGGUUGCUGCGCAGGAGGAGCCUGAAUAUGAGCCCAAGGCUGACUCCAUCCGCGGCGCGGCAUCGAUCCUCCGCCGCAUCUCGACGACUCGGCGCACCCACGAAGAGGAAGAAGUCCGGCGCUUCGUUAAUGAAAAGAAAGAGGACUACCUGAAGCCACCCGGGGAGAACGAAAUCAUCGAGUGGGAUGGUAUUCGUCGGCGCAAAACUGUCAUCGGUGAAGGCCCUACGACGUCUCGUCCCCGCACUCCUCGCUCGCCCUCGAUUAGGCCACCACUGCCACCACUGGGCAUGUCCCGAUUCCCUGAUCCCGAAGACGACGAGGAGCACCGGCCAAGCACGAAGCAGAGUGGGCACUCAUUCCUUAGUGAUAUACGGUCUCAUGCCUCGAGCGUGCUCCAAUCCAGCAAUUGGCUUCCGUUGCACGAGCAAGACGAGAAGAGCCUGAGCGCAAACAUUGCCACCGAAAUGACCAACCGCAACAGUGCUGUGGACACUGAAUAUCACGGCGCCGGCGCCGGCCUCGAAGCCCCAUUCCGCCCAACCGGCCGCGAUCGCAGUGACACACCGCGCUCUAUCUCCUGGGCCGACGAGAAUGCCGACAACAACCCGGCGCAGGCCACCCUCGAACCGCCGCACACUGCCCGGCGCCAAUUCUCCUUCAACACUAUUUUCAACCGCCGCAAGACAGACAGCAACCCGCCGUCCCCCAGCCGCACCGCCAGCCCACCCCGCGGCAUCCUGCGCCGCACGCACGCCGCCGACGCAAACCUGCGCAAGUCCGCCACCGAAGAAGAACGUCUCGGCCUAGUCCGCGGCGACUCGCGCGCCGACGAAGAAUCCCUUGGUGAGAGACUGGACCGCUGGUCCAGCGCCGAGUCCGACGCCGCUGAAGUGCAGCCCAUGCACUCGCUCCCGCUCCCGGCCCGCGCACACCGCGACUCGGUCUCCAGCGUGUCGACGGCUGCUUUCCCGCCGUACGAGGACCAGCACGCAUUCUACACCACGCAGACGGCCAGCGUGUCGAACCCGUACUACCUCCCGCACAGCAGGCAGGCAACAGCGUCGCCCGAGCACAUGGACGAGCACGGCGGAUGGACGGGGUCGCCCACACGCACGCGCGCGCGGACAAACUCCUCAGCGCGCGGCCGCGCCCCGCCCCCAGCGCAGUCGUCCUUCUCCACGCACCGCCGGCCCAACCCGCUUCCGCCGCUGCCCGACGAGAACUCUCUUGCUAGUACUGCUGCUGCGAACGACGGUGUGCGCACCGCACCGGCCGGGUCUCUGACUCGGGAGUCGAGCGGGUGGCGCCGACAUAUUUCUGAGAGCAGUGCGGAUGGUGAGCCGUAUGAGGCGCCGGGCGGUACGCGUGGUGGGUCGAAGGGGGCGUUCAUCUAG